AUUUAACAUUUGACUGGAUACGUAUAUUACUGGAGAUCUUUUCCGACGGAGAGACUGAUGUUGAAAUACAACAUUCAAUCCUCUCCUGUCCACCUCACAAAUCUACACGGCAUUUACUCGUAGGGUUUCUGGUCGUGAUAAACGAACAGCUGUCAUCUGGAUGUCAACUUUGAUAUCAUUCUCGCAAAAGAAGACAGAUCGAUUUGGAUGAGUUACGGGAAUUGUUUCUGCAUAUUUUGAGUGUAAAGUACGGAAGAAGUUUGGACAUGGCUGCUUCAGUCAAAAUUUCCACUGUUUCCUUUCAUUCCUCUCAACUUUGUUCUGGUUUCAGACAGCCUUUAAUGCCAACAAAAAUAGGAUAUCCAAAGUCAGUAGUUUUGGUUUCUCAGAAGAAGAAACAAAAUGAAAAACAGAGUCGCUUUCCAAGCCCUUUGAAAGUUAUAGCUUUGGAUGCUGCACAGCCAUUUGAUUAUGAAUCCAAGAUAAGUAAUGAAAUUGAGAAGUAUAGCAAGCUAAAGAUUGGCAUAGUGGGGUUUGGCAAUUUUGGUCAGUUUCUUGCAAAGACCAUUGUCCGGCAAGGUCAUACAGUAUUGGCUCAUUCUCGAUCUGAUCAUAGCAAGGUUGCACGCAAGAUGGGGGUUUCUUUUUACUUGGAUCAAGAUGAUUUUUGUGAAGAACAUCCUGAGGUUAUAUUGCUAUGUACAUCAAUCAUAUCAACAGAAUCUGUGUUGAGAUCAUUUCCAUUUCAAAGAUUGAAAAGAAAUACAUUAUUUGCAGAUGUCCUUUCAGUCAAAGAGUUUCCACGCAAUCUCUUUUUACAGGUGCUUCCCUCAGAAUUUGAUAUAUUGUGCACUCAUCCUAUGUUUGGUCCUGAGAGUGGGAAAGCUGGGUGGAGUGGUCUUCCUUUGGUCUAUGAUAAGAUUAAGAUUGGAGAAGGGUUGAGAGCUGAGCGUUGUGAACGGUUUUUGAAUAUAUUUGCAAAAGAAGGCUGUAGAAUGGUUGAGAUGUCCUGUGCAGAACAUGAUCGCCAUGCGGCUGAAACACAAUUCAUUACACACACUGUUGGGAGGAUGUUAGCAAAAUUGAAUUUGGAAUCCACCCCAAUCAAUACUAAAGGAUAUGAGUCACUACUUCGUAUUGUUGAGAACACUUGUGGAGACAGCUUUGAUCUUUAUUAUGGUUUGUUUAUGUACAAUGUUAAUUCAACAGAGCAGUUGGAGAGAUUAGAAAUGGCUUUUGAUGCUCUAAAGAAACAGCUUGUAGGCCGGUUGCACAAGAUUUUAAGAACACAGCUAUUCGAUGGGGUUGCCAGGGGAGAAGUGUCUGAGCAAAAUUCAACUCUUGCAGAUCUGAAAAACUCUAGCCCUUCAGACACUGCAAUUCCAUUAAGAACAAAAUAAAUGAAUCCUGUUCUUUAGAAACCAAGUAGAGCCAUGCAAUUUCCUUCUUAUCUGUAGCUUAGCAGAGAUUUGUAUGUUUAAUAUAGUUGCUAAAAAUUUCCCCUUUUUAUUAUGAGACUUCUCUUAAAAAAUUCCCUUUUUUCUAUUGGCUUGUCAUUGCAGGUUCUUUGAAGUAAAAGAGCAGGCAUCACAUUUUCUCUAUGUA